AGACUAUUAUCACACUAUUCAGUGUACAUAAUCAUUUUCUCUCCGAACACUACAACUGUUUUGAGUCGAGAAGCAAUAAUAAAGAAACUUUUCAAACUAAGAGCGUGAAGCCAAUUAAUAUAAUUACAACAUUGUGUGAAGGGGUAUCACUUACAAGAUCAUUAUCUAAACUGUUUGUAGACGUUUGUGUUAAGCUAUUUAUUAUCAAUAAGUUUUUCCAUCAAGUAAUACAGUUGUUAGAAGCGAAAGAAGUGGCUAUAAUAGAAGCAAUAGUGGCUAAAAUAGAAAUACGUUUCUUAAGGGAUAAUCAAAUACAACAACAACACGAUCAACGAUCCAUUGAAAAAAAUUGUAGCUUUAAAUAAAUAUUAAUCUAAAUUAGCUGAAAUAUUUAUCAUUACUUCCUCUACUAAGAAAUACUAAUAAUUGCUACCGCUAUUAUCAGAACAAAAAUAUUGGCCAAAACUUAUUAAACCAUGUCAUCAGGAACUUUUGUGGACCGAAUUGACCCGUUUGCCAAACGAUCAUUAAAGAAGAAAAGUAAAAAGAGUCAAGGUUCCUCCAGAUAUAGAAACUCUCAGGAUGUUGAAAUACAGCAAUUGCCGCCACUAAAAGCUGAUUGCUCAAGUUUAGAACAAGAGGAGUUAUUUAUUCGUAAAUUACGUCAGUGUUGCGUAUCAUUUGAUUUUAUGGAUCCAGUUACGGAUUUGAAAGGAAAAGAAAUCAAGCGUGCGGCACUAAAUGACCUAUCCACCUACAUUACACAUGGUCGUGGUGUACUCACAGAGCCAGUUUAUCCAGAAAUUAUACGCAUGAUUUCAUGUAAUUUGUUUCGCACACUGCCUCCAAGUGAAAAUCCUGAUUUUGAUCCUGAGGAAGAUGAUCCUACACUGGAGGCUUCUUGGCCACACCUACAAUUGGUUUAUGAAGUGUUCUUAAGAUUUCUGGAAUCGCAAGAUUUCCAGGCGACAAUUGGUAAACGUGUAAUCGACCAAAAGUUUGUGCUACAAUUGCUAGAACUUUUCGAUUCUGAAGACCCUCGAGAGCGUGACUUCUUGAAAACGGUGUUGCAUCGUAUAUAUGGAAAAUUCUUAGGAUUACGUGCUUUUAUACGAAAGCAAAUAAAUAAUAUAUUUUUACGUUUCAUUUACGAAACGGAACAUUUCAAUGGUGUUGGCGAAUUAUUAGAAAUUCUUGGCAGUAUAAUUAAUGGAUUUGCAUUGCCCUUAAAAGCAGAACACAAACAAUUCUUGGUAAAGGUUCUAUUACCAUUGCACAAAGUCAAGUGCUUAUCACUUUAUCAUGCUCAACUGGCAUAUUGCAUUGUGCAAUUUCUCGAAAAGGAUCCUUUCCUAACCGAACCAGUUGUGCGUGGCCUUUUGAAGUUCUGGCCGAAAACGUGCUCACAAAAAGAGGUUAUGUUUCUGGGUGAAAUUGAAGAAAUUUUAGAUGUAAUAGAUCCGCCGCAAUUUGUCAAAAUUCAAGAACCAUUAUUUCGGCAAAUAGCAAAAUGUGUAUCGAGUCCUCAUUUUCAGGUCGCUGAGCGAGCCCUCUACCUAUGGAACAAUGAAUACGCAAUGUCGUUGAUAGAAGAAAAUAACGCUGUAAUUAUGCCUAUAAUGUUUCCAGCGCUCUAUCGAAUAAGCAAAGAGCAUUGGAACCAAACAAUUGUAGCGUUAGUCUAUAACGUAUUAAAAACAUUUAUGGAAAUGAAUUCAAAGCUAUUCGAUGAGCUAACGGCUAGCUACAAAGCAGAACGUCAAAAAGAAAAAAAACGUGAAAGGGAUCGCGAAGAGCUGUGGAAAAAAUUACACGAAUUGGAAUUAAAUCGUUCAAAAGCUAAUCAAGGCGGUACAACAGCGUCGACUGGUGGUACAGGGCAGAGCAUAAACUCGCAUCAAUCGAAUAAUUUAAUGAAUAACAGCGCUGGCGACAAUAAUCCUGCAUUAAGUGGAGGUGUCGGUGCGCAAACUGUUGGUAGUGCGAAUGCAUAUGCCAAAGGGAAAAAUGAUAAUUAAAAAUUAAAUUAAUAUAUUAAAUAACAAAAUUAUAUAAACAAGCAAAAAGCUACACAAAAUUAGUAUAGCAACAACAGCAAACACAAUAACUAAAUUAUAAAGAAAUAUAACUAAAAAAUGCAAAAACAAAAAAAAAUACUGAUGUGUGCGUGUGUGGAAGCAUUGACUGCGUCCAAUGCAGCCUAAAACGAAAAUUAACCGACGAAGGAGCCUCGAGAAAACCUACAAAACCUACACAACUCCCUAAUGCUAUCUAGGUCUAAGAGACUAUUAAGUGGAUAAAUAAAAAUAUAAAAGAAAAAUCAGAUUCGAGGUUUAAUUUAAUGAGCGUAUAAAAUAAAUUAUUAUAUAUAUAUUAUAUUAAAAUUAUCAAAAAAUAUUAAUAU